AUGACGGGGUGUCACGUGUCCUUUGCCGGACGGAGCGCGCCUUGGCCUGGCUGGCGCGAGAGCUGGCGGAAAGAAUUGGCGGAGAGGGUGAGGGGGGGAGUGGCGGCGAGGCGCGCGGAUCGGGGGAGCGGAGCGGCGGCGCAGUGGGGGUGGGGGACGUGGUGUGCCUGCAGGGGGAUGUGGGCGCGGGGAAGACCACUUUCUGGUGCGCCUUGGCAUCUCCUCAUGCGCACGUCCUGCCGUGCUUACCCCUGCCGUGCUUACCCCUGCCGUGCUUACCCCUGCCGUGCUUACCCCUGCCAUGCUUACCCCUGCCGUGCUUACCCCUGCCGUGCUUACCCCUGCCGUGCUUACCCCUGCCGUGCUUACUCUUGCCGUGCAUGCACACAUGUGGUGGCACGUGCUCUCACGUGUCCUGCAUGGGUGCCUACCCCAUGUGCGACGCAACCCUUCCUCCGUACCUGCCGCCCGCCCAACCCCUCCUCCAGCCGGCACUUGAUCCGAGCGCUCACGGGCGACCCGCACCUCAUCGUCACCUCGCCCACCUUCCUGCUGCUCAACUCCUACCCCUCGCCCGCCCUCACGGUGCAUCAUUACGAUGCCUACCGCCUGGGUGCCCUGCGCACUGCCACACCAGCGCCUGCAGCAGCAGCAGCAGCAGCAGCAGAAUCGCCCGACAUUCAGCGCCUGGACCUCGCACACUCGCUUGCCACCGGGCUGUGUUUGAUCGAGUGGCCACAGCCACUCCUCCCUCUGCUGCCCGCCCACCGCCUCCACCUCUCCAUCUCCCUCCUGCCGCCCGCGCCGCAUCCUCCGGGCGGCACACAUGAACCCGAUGUGCUCCCCAUGGGCCGGCCAACAGCAGGGGUGACAGGAGGGGCGGCAGAGGGUAGGGCAGAGACUGGGGAGGAAAUGAUUGGUGGGGAGGAGGGAAGGGAGGGGGGCAAGCGGGGAGCGGAGGAUGGAGAGGAGUGGGAGGAGCAGGGUGGGUGGGAGCAUGAGGAGGAAGAAGAUGCGGAGGGGGAGUGGUGGCGGGUGGUGCAUCUGGAUGCUAGUGGGGAGCCAUGGACUGCUGUGAUUGAUGCUGUAGUGGCCUCGGCACGCUUGUCCCCUCUUGUAACCAUCCUAUGA